AUGUGGGAGGCCCAGAGCCCAGGGCUGUCCAGGGAGUGGGGUUCAGUGGCCAUCAGCCCCGAGGACCCGGGGCCGCUCCACAUUGGCAGGUUUCUCUCUUGUGCCUUCAGACACCCGAUGAAUGCUAUGUAUCCAGGCAUAUUCAACUUCCACUUUAGAAACCUACGGAAAGCCUACGGUCGGAAUGAAACCUGGCUGUGCUUCACAGUGGAAGGUAUAAUGAACCGUUCAACUGUCUCCUGGAAGAGUGGCGUCUUCCGAAACCAGGUGGGUUCUGAUCCCUUCUGUCAUGCAGAAAUGUGCUUCCUGUCUUGGUUCCGCCACAACAUGCUGUCUCCUAAGAAGGACUACGAGGUCACCUGGUAUGCCUCUUGGAGCCCUUGCCCAGAGUGUGCAGGGCAGGUGGCCGAGUUCCUGGCCAGACACGGAAACGUGAGGCUCACCAUCUUCACUGCCCACCUCUACUACUUCUGGAAUCCAAGUUUCCGGCAGGGGCUCCGCAGGCUGAGUCAGGAAGGGGCCUCCGUGCUGAUCAUGGGCUAUGAAGAUUUUGAAUAUUGUUGGGAUAACUUUGUGUACAAUGAUGGUCAGCCAUUCAAGCCUUGGAAGAGACUACAAGACAACUCUCUAUCCCUGUACAUCACGCUGCAGGAGAUUCUGCAGUGAAGGGUCUCCCCGGGCCUCCCGGUCUGGCUGCUCUAGCCUCCUGCUCCUCCUGUGAGGGCCUCCAACCCAUCCUGGACUAGCUUUGCUGUUGCCGGAUCAUCCUCAGCUCCUCCUGCCCUCAGGCCCAUUCCACAGUGCUCCCUGCCUCACCGCCUCCUCCCCGCUCUCCCGGGCUCCUCCUGCAGAGGCCCCUUUCUGCCUCCGUGGCUAUCUCCAUCCACCCCCUUAGAACCCAUUCCCCAGCCUGGCGCCCCCAACCUGGCUCUUCCCAUCUCCCCAGGAAAACCAAAUCUUAUUAAAGUCAACACAGGUUGGGUGCAGUGGCUCAUGUCUGUAAUCCCAGCACCUUGGGAGGCCGAGGUGAGAGGAUCACUUGAGGUCAGGAGUUUGA